AUGGAGCGAAUAUUCAAUGCAAAAAUAGCAGACUUUGGGUUUGCUAAAGAGCUUCCUGGGGAAGAUUCACAUGUAAUUACCAGGACCAUGGGCACCCGUGGUUACAUUGCACCAGAAUAUGCCUUAAUGGGGCACUUGUCUGUGAAGUGUGAUGUGUAUGGAUUUGGUGUGGUGCUUCUUGAAAUACUUACAGGCAUGAGGGCACUUGACAAAAGAAGGCCAACGGGGCAGCAGAACCUGGUUAAAUGGAGCAAGCCCUGUCUCUCUUCCGAAAAAAAGUUGAAAACAAUUAUCGAUGGUAAGAUAGAGGGUCAAUAUUCACCCAAAGCUGCGUUACAAGCAGCACAACUUGCUCUAAAAUGCCUAGAGGGUGAUCCUCAUCAACGUCCUUCAAUGGAAGAAGUUCUUGAGGGAUUGGAAGCCAUUGAAGAUAACCAUUGA